CGCUGUGGGGCCGCAGAGCUUUCUGGGUAAAGAUGGACGCGCAUGAUCUCUUCCGCCGGCUCGGGGCUGGGGCCAAGUUCGACGUGAGGCGCUUCUCGGCGGACGCAGCCCGAUUCCAGGUAGGAAAAAGGAAAUAUGACUUUGAUUCUUCGGAGGUGCUGCAGGGACUGGACUUUUUUGGAAACAAGAAGUCUGUCCCAGGUGAAUGUGGAGAAUCAAGAACUAACCAGGAGCUCCAAGAUGAAGCGAAAAAAGAAGAGAGCCUAACUGAAAGGAAGAGGGAGCAGAACAAGAAAAAGAGGAAGAGAAUGGCUUCAGAAAUUACUUCAGAAGAAGAAGGUCCUACCAUACAGUGGAUAUCAUCUGUGGAAGCAAAAAUUGAAGAUAAAAAGGUUAAAAAAGAAAAUAAACUAACUUCAGGAAAGUUGGAGCAUAUCAGAAAAGAAAAGAUAAACUUCUUGCGGAAUAAACACAAAAUUCACAUCCAAGGAACAGAUCUUCCUGACCCAAUUGCUACAUUUCAGCAACUUGAACUAGAAUAUAAAAUCAAUUCUCGACUGCUUCAGAACAUUCUAGACUCAGGUUUCCAGACACCUACACCAAUCCAAAUGCAAGCCAUUCCAGUUAUGCUGCAUGGUCGAGAACUUCUGGCUUCUGCUCCUACUGGUUCUGGAAAGACUUUGGCUUUUAGCAUUCCCAUUUUAAUGCACCUGAAACAACCCACAAAUAAAGGCUUCAGAGCCCUGAUUAUAUCACCAACACGAGAACUUGCCAGCCAGACUCACCGAGAGUUAGUAAAAAUAUCUGAGGGAAUGGGAUUCAGAAUACACAUGAUCCACAAAGCAGCAAUUGCAGCCAAGAAAUUUGGAUCAAAAUCAUCUAAGAAGUUUGAUAUUCUUGUAACUACUCCAAAUCGACUAAUCUAUUUAUUAAAACGAGAUCCUCCAGGAAUAGACUUAACAAGUGUUGAAUGGUUGGUAGUAGACGAAUCAGAUAAACUAUUUGAAGAUGGCAAAACUGGGUUCAGAGACCAGCUGGCUUCUAUUUUCCUGGCUUGCACAUCCCACAAGGUCAGAAGAGCUAUGUUCAGUGCAACUUUUGCAUAUGAUGUUGAGCAGUGGUGCAAACUCAACCUGGACAAUGUCAUUACUGUGUCCAUUGGAGCAAGGAAUUCUGCAGUAGAGACAGUAGAGCAAGAACUUCUCUUUGUUGGAUCUGAAACGGGAAAACUUCUAGCCAUGAGAGAACUUAUUAAAAAGGGUUUCAAUCCACCAGUUCUUGUUUUUGUUCAGUCCAUUGAAAGGGCUAAAGAACUUUUUCAUGAGCUCAUAUAUGAAGGUAUUAAUGUGGAUGUUAUUCAUGCAGACAGAACACAGGAACAGAGAGAUAACACAGUCCAAAGCUUUCGAGCAGGAAAAAUCUGGGUCCUUAUUUGUACAGCCUUGCUAGCCAGAGGGAUUGAUUUUAAAGGUGUGAACUUGGUGAUCAACUAUGACUUUCCAACAAGCUCAGUGGAAUAUAUCCAUAGGAUAGGUCGAACUGGAAGAGCAGGGCAUAAAGGAAAAGCUGUUACAUUUUUCACUGAAGAUGAUAAACCAUUAUUAAGAAGCGUUGCCAAUGUUAUACAGCAGGCCGGAUGUCCUGUUCCAGAUUACAUAAAAGGUUUCCAAAAACUACUAAGCAAACAAAAGAAAAAGAUGAUUAAGAAGCCAUUACAAAGGGAGAGCAUUAGUACAACUCCAAAAUACUUCUUAGAAAAGGCUAAGGAUAAACGGAAAAAGGUCACCGAUCAGAACAGCAAGAAGAAAGUAUCUCUUAAAGACAAAAGCUAAAAAAAAAAAAUUAUUUUUAAAGCUGUAUCAGAAACAUCAUUUUAUGAUCGAAACAUGAAUGUUGUUUACAUGGAAUACUUCGUCUUAAAGUCAUUUGUAGUCAACUACAAGAACAUGGCUCUGGUGAAAAAUGAUCAUGAACUUUCAGUGCAUCAUGUCAAACUUUUAAAUGAUUACACAAUGAAAAUCACAUUCAUUGACAUUUCUGUGGUUUGGCUCCAGAGAGAUACUUCUUGUAGAAGAACAAAAUGCUACAAAUGAAAUACCCAGAUGUGGGGAAUGUGUAAGGACUUUUGCCUUCAAGUGUGAAGGAAGGUGUGAUGUGUCUUGUAGAGAGACAUUUGGAACCAAAUGUUCAAAGUAAAGUCUGGAGAUUGAAUGUCCCUGGUCUCUCUCCCCCCACCUCAGUCUGUUUCUGUUUUUGAAUGGACACAAUAUCUAACAAGAAGAAAGCUACUGCUCUAUAUUUUACUAUUUCUUGAUGGCCUUUUAUGGUGUAAACCACAACAAAAGAUGCCUCUUCUGUGGCUGGUUUUCAAGUUCUCUGGGAUUUUAAAUUCCUUGGUCUAUUAAAUAUUCUUAUAUUUCAUUGGUAAGGUAGCUCAUACUUUACCUGCUUAAUGUUGCAACUACAAAAUAUGGUCAGCCUAUCCCUUUUUAUUUUAAUUUUUUAAGGAAUUUAUUGGAGUGACAUUGGUUAAUAAAAUUAUAUAGGCUUCAGGUGUAUAAUUCUAUAUGUCAUCUCUAUAUUAUAUUGUGUUCACUACCCCAGGUCAGAUUUCCUUCCAUCACCAUUUAUCACCCCUACCCUCUCUUACCUUCCCCUACCCUCUUUCCCUCCGGUAAUCACCAUACUGUUGUCCAGCUUCUCCCUUUCUUAAUUUUUCAUCAUCUAACCAUGCUUUUUCCUAUCUCUUUCCAUUCAAGUUGACUUUUCUUGAAAACUGAUAGUUUUGUCCUGAUAAGGAAGAAUGUUCCUAUUACUUGAUAUACCUAGGGCUGCAUUCUCUUUCAUCUUACCUUUCCUGAGACUUCAUGUCCCUUCAUUCAUUUAGUAAGCAGGUCUCAGUCAAAGGUAAAGAAUUAUGAUUAUACAGUGAUGGAGACUAUUCACCAUUAGUUGAUAGAUUUGUACAGUGGAAUAAAAAAUCACCUUCAGUCUUCUCUAGGCUCUGACCCAGUUUGUGGCCACAUGGCUAAACAUACCAAGAAGGUCGAAAUCAUGGUUAACUACAGGACCCAUUAUAGCACCUCCCUCAAGAAAACGGUGAAGAAAAUUGAAAUCAACCAGCAGGCCAAGUACACUUGCUCCUGUGGCAAAACCGAGAUGAGAUGAACUGUGGAAUCUGGUACAGAUUCUUGCAUGAAAACAGUAGUUUGUGGUACAUGGACCUAUAACCACUUCCGCUGUCACAGUGAAGCGAGGACUGAAGGAGUUGAAAGACCAGUAGAAGCAUUUCCUUUAUUCUUAGCCUUUUACUCUAGAGUCAGUACAGGUAGGUUCCCAACUGGAAUCUUUUAGAAGGACAAAAAUUGUUCAUCUUCAGAAUUUAUGUAAGUGGAGCUCUAUUACUACAAGGUACAAAAAAUACAAGUGUGAUUUUCUUUGUUCUAACAGGUCGAUUCUAUAUUCUAAAGAGGUAUACUGCUGCCACCCAUUUGCCAGCUAUAUGACUUUGAAUAAGUUCAUUAAUUUUUCAGAGCUUCAGUCUUUUCAUUUAUGGAAUUGGGGGUAAUACUAAUUAUGUCUCAAGGUUAGAAGUACCUAACACUGCCAAAUGUUGUAAAUUCACAACCAAUAUUCCUUAAACAUACUUGGUUCAGAAUACAAGGCUUGAUAACAAUCGCCUUCCAGUGUAGUGGUUAGGGAUAAAGUAAAGGGUCAAAUAGUGUGGCAUAUGCUAUGUUAGACAUAAGGGAUCACAGGAGGGCAUCUAAUCCAUACUGGAAUUGUCAUGGAAGGCUGACAUCCUGAGCUAUGUCUUGCAGAUAUAAGGAUCUAUAGGCAAAAGAAAAAGUAUUCAGGCAGAUACCACAUCUGUGACCCCUGAUAUACUUUCAUUUGACUUCCUCUUCAGUAUUUUCUGUGUAACCACCCAUCCUUUAAAAGUUAGUUACAUAAACCU